AUGAGACAAGGCUUUUCCGAGGAACCAUCAAUUGAGCCACAAGUUCAAGCUGUUCAAGAUGGUGGUAGUGUCACAAGACUAGACGAGACAUCUCUUAACAACCAACAGUCUCAAGCCGUACAGAAACAACACAAUGUUGUUAUACAACCGAGAUUACGACCAAUGCCAUUCAAGCUCCAGGAUAUACAAGCACCAGCUUUGCCAGUACCGACUGAGGUGUGCACUGUAAAUGGGGUUGAAUAUUUCCAGGUUGAGGAUUUGCCUGUCAAUAGACGUGGAUUCAAGUACAAAUUAUGCCGACCAAACCCCAUAUUUACAUCAAACUAUUACUCGACAACUGACUUGCCGCCAUUUCAAGCAUGUGUCAGUUUAUUUGAUCGAUCAUCAGGGGUAUUAUUCAGUAAAGACUCAAUGUCGGUUACACAAUCUCAAGGGUGGAGAUCAGCAAGAAGUAAUGUUGGAAUUAGAGAGGGGUCGUACUACUUUGAAUUUAAAAUACUCAAUGUUGGUGAAAAUAGCCAUGUGAGAGUGGGACUUGCACGAAGGGAAGCCAGUUUAGAAGCGCCAGUAGGAUACGAUGCGUAUGGGUACGGUGUACGCGAUGUUGACGGACAAUUAAUGUUCAUUAGUCGAAGAAAGAAUGUCUGCGUUAAAGAUGGCUUCACCACGGGCGAUGUUAUUGGGUUUUUGGUUGAACUUCCUCCAUUGAAAGAACAUAAGCGUGACAUACAGGCAUUUGCUGACAAAAAGAGAGAAGAAAUGUCAACGGAGCACAAGUCGAAAAAGAGGAAACCCAGAUGGAAGCACAAGAGUGUGGAAGAAAAUGAGAUGUUUAUUGCACAUGACAAUAUUAUUCGGGACCAGAUCCCGACCAAAUCCAAAGGUGCUCUUUACUAUGACCAAUAUGAAUACACAAGAACCAAAACAAUGGAUCAUUUAUUGAAUCCAAUAACCGUGUUUGGUGAAAAAGCAAUUAUUGAAAUGGACGACAAGACGAAAAACAUACCAGUGAUUGCCAAUUCCAAGAUACGAGUGUUUAAAAAUGGCGUUGAACAAGAUACGAGUAUUGAUAAUCUAUAUUCAUUCCUACCAACAAACAUCGAAGAAAGAGAAGAUCUCAAUCUUGAGCCAAACGUCCAGCAGCUGCAAAACCCGGGUUAUCGAAACACCGACGACAACACACUAGGUUACUACCCGAUGUUAUCAACAUUUCAAAAUGGUGCAGUAGGAUUGAAUGCAGGACCAGACUUUGAGUUCCCACCGCUGGAAUCAGUAAAGCCAUUAAGUGAUCGAUACCAAGAGCAAGUGAUUGAAGAAUGGUAUUGGGACGUGCUUGAUGAAGUAGAAGCUCAGUAUUUGGAUAGCUUUGAUGAAUAG